UGUCUGUGCGUGGGGCACAUCCAUCUGUCAGCGGGAUGGAUGAGGGGCUCCAAAAACUUGUUGGCUGCUCACUGGGUGGAACUUGCUCCCCGGUGACAUGAAAGUAUCUUAAAUUAUUUUUCUCAAUGAUGAGAGUAAGUAGGAACUUGCGUUUCUUCAUCUGCAGUGUUGCUGAUUAAGAUUAAUUAAAGGUGUGAUCUGAGGAAGCUGGGAUUCCCUGGGCUGUGCUGGCAGGAGGCAGCCUUUGUAGGUCAGGCAUACGCAAUCCUGGUUUUCCUGUUGUAACAUCCACUACCCACAACGCCGGCUGUGUCUCACAGUGUUGGGUUUCACCCAGACUGAGCUGUUGACGAAGAGCAACCAUGGCCACAAAAGGAGGGUGGUGGGACCACCCUGGAGGGGGCUCCUUGUAGAGCAGCCAGUUGAGUUAUCUGUAGUUUGUACUCCUGGAGUAAGCCAGGGCUGCAAGGGUUUGAUAAGUCUGGAAAAGAAAAUCUGUGGAAUUCUGGUUUUUAAGUUGUCAACGAAAGAACAGAGCCCGGAGUGAGCAUCUCACCAAACCUCAAGCUGCCCGUCUGACGGGGAAAGGAGCAACGACAGCAGCCUCUGGGCCCUUAUUCUGACACCUUAUUGUCAGCGAGAAGUGACGUGCACAAAUGGCAUGUGUGGCCCGGCUGAAAAUAACCCCUCGCCGAUCCCCGGGGAGCAGGCAGGCUCCUUAUAUGUCCCGCUGCACAUGCCGCUGCCGCCGGCCGAGGGGUGCCCCUGCCCUCCGCAGGUGCCGGCAAACAUCCUCGUGAGGGAACACCAGAUGCUUUUAAAACAGCUGAAAGAGAUCACGGGAAUUCAGGAUCCGGCUUUCCUUCAUGCAGCUCUAAAGGCUGCCAAUGGAGACCUCACGGAAGCAGUCACCUUCCUGACGGAGGAGCACACGCAGGAGCCGGCUCAGGAUGCUGCUGUUGCAGAGCCGUCGGCUUGGGAAGAGAGUGCUAUGGGCAAACAGCUUCCACAAAAUGUUCCUGCUGCACUUACCCCUAACGACACAGACCUCCACGCCGUCCACACCUUCAAACCACUGGAAUCACCAGGAGCUCAGGCUGUGGAAAGAGACUUUGAGGAAAGAUCACCGGAAGCACAUUGUGCCGAAAGCAAAAACCGCUCCAAAAGGAAACGCUGUGAAGUCUGGGGAGAGAACCCCAAUCAGAGCAACUGGAGAAGAGCGGGCGACUGGCCGGUUGGAAUGAAAAAUAUUGGGAACACGUGUUGGUUUAGCGCUGUCAUACAGUCGCUGUUUCAGUUGCCGGAAUUCCGGAGGCUGGUCCUUGGGUACUCUCUCCCACCAAACGUGCUUGAUAAUUGUCAGAGUCGCACUGGAAAGAGAAAUAUUGCGUUCAUGCAAGAACUUCAGUGUCUGUUUGCUUUAAUGCUUGGGACGCGUCGUAAGUUUGUAGAUCCUUCUGCAGCACUGGAACUCUUGAGGGACGCGUUCAGAUCCACGGAAGAACAGCAGCAAGACGUGAGUGAAGUCACACACAAACUACUGGACUGGCUGGAGGACGCGUUCCAGCUUGCUGUUAAUGUCAAGAGCCCUGGGGACAAAUCUGAAAAUCCAAUGGUACAACUUUUCUACGGGACAUUCUUAACUGAGGGCAUCCAUGAGGGCAAUGCAUUUUCCAAGAUCGAGACCUUUGGUCAGUACCCCCUUCAGGUAAACGGUUAUCGAAACUUAAACGAGUGCUUGGAAGGAGCCAUGGUGGAGGGCGAGAUGGAUGGGGCGGCAUCGCAGUCGGUGAAGUAUGGCGAGGAGCGCUGGUUUACAAAACUCCCACCAGUACUGACCUUUGAACUCUCCCGAUUUGAGUUCAAUCAGUCCCUAGGACAGCCAGAGAAAAUUCACACCAAGCUAGAAUUCCCCCAGACUAUUUAUAUGGACAGGUACCUCUACAGCAGUAAAGAGCUGAUUCACAUGAAGAGAGAAGAAAUGAAGAGGUUGAAGGAGAAAAUGGUGCUUCUGCAGCAGAAACUGGAAAGGUACAUGAAGUACGGCUCCGGCCCGGCUCGCUUCCCGCUGCCCGACAUGCUGCAGUACGUUCUGGAGUUCAUCACCACUAAGCCAGCGAGGGUCGUUCCUCCGGCCCAGGGCUCCCAGGCAGCGCUCCUGCCAUCCCAGGCCGAGCCCUCUGUCCCGCACAGGUUCUCGCCGCCAGACCGCGUGCAAGAAAGGAAGGCUGCUGGGACGGGAGAUGCAGCUUGCUUUUCAGCAAAUCCCUCGCUGCAGCAGGAAUCGAGGACACCACUGCAGCCUUCUGAAAUACCCGAGCAUCCAGCUCCUCACGCGGUUUCUGAGGAAGAGUUGAACCUUGUUCGCACGUGCCUGCAGCGAUGGCGAAACGAGAUUGAACAAGACAUGCAAGAUCUGAAGGAGUCCAUUACCAGAAUCAACCUCUCCAUGGAACAAAUGUACUGUGACCCUCUCCUCCAACAGGUUCCCUACCGUUUGCACGCGGUCCUGGUGCACGAAGGGCAAGCGAAUGCCGGUCACUACUGGGCGUACAUAUAUGAUCAGCCCCGCCAGCGCUGGCUCAAGUACAAUGACAUCUCCGUGACCGAGUCGUCCUGGGAAGAACUGGAGAGAGACUCGUUCGGAGGCUUCAGGAACGCCAGUGCCUACUGCCUGAUGUACAUUCAUGACAAAGCAUCUUGCCGUGCCACAGCCGGUCCUGCCUUUCUUGUAGACAAGGAUGAUGGCUCCGAGGCUGGGCAGUUCCAGAAGGAGGUGGAAGCCCUGCCCCUGGAGCUGAGGCAUUACAUCCAGGAGGACAACUGGCGGCUCGAGCAGGAGGCAGAAGAGUGGGAGGAGGAGCAAUCUUGCAAGAUUCCGCAGAUGGAGCCAUCGCCUUCUUCAGAAUCACAGGACCUCUCCUCUGAAUCAGGACCAGAUCAGGCGUCAGUCUGCGAGCAGAGUGCGCACUCUCUGGCCUCUGAACACGCCAGGAUCGCCAAGGAGCAGACGGCCAAGGCCAUCGCAAACACCGAUGAUGCCUAUGAAAAAAACGGUGUUGAGGCUGCUCUCGAGAAGCCCCAGGAGGCAGAGCCAGUGAAGGCCCAGCCCGGAGAAACAGCACUUACGGGUCAGGGAGAGCCACCACAGGACGCUAAGGGAACCGAGGCUGCUGCCCAGACUAGCUCACAGGUCUCUGAAGUGGAAAUCCCCAGUGUGGGGAAGAUUCCCAUUAGAUCCGAUGCAGACGGAUAUAAUGAGGAGGUGAUGCUGAGCCCAGCCAUGCAAGGUGUCAUCCUGGCUAUUGCAAAAGCCCGCCAGACCUUUGAUCGCGAUGGGUCUGAAGCAGGGCUCGUAAAGGCGUUCCGUGAGGAGUACUCCCGGCUCUACCAACUGUCCAAAGAGACCCCGACCCCGCAGAACGAUGCCCGCUUGCAGCACGUCCUCAUCUACUUCUUGCAGAACAAAGCUCCCCAGCAGGUGGUGGACCGGACCCUUCUCGAACAGUUUGCCGACAAAAACCUCAGCUACGACGAAAGGUCAAUCAGCAUUAUGAAGGUAGCACGAGCAAAGCUGAGAGAGAUCGGUCCUGCUGACAUGGACAUGGAGGAGUACAAGCGAUGGCACGAAGACUACAGUCAGUUCCGCAAGGUGUCCGUUUACCUGCUGACGGGGUUGGAGCUGUACCAGAAUGGGAAGUACCAGGAGUCGCUCACCUACCUGGUCUACGCCUACCAAAGCAACUCCCAGCUGCUGCUGAAAGGAGCCAGGAGAGGAGUGGACGAGUCGCUGAUCGCCUUGUACAGAAGGAAAUGUCUCCUGAAGCUGAACGAGGUGGCGUCAUCUCUGUUCGUAAGCUGCGAGGAAGCUCUCGUGACAGAAGGCAUUAGCAUCCUGAACGAGCUGAUCAUCCCCUGCAUGCACCUCAUGAACGGUUACGAGAUCUCCAAAGAGGACCUGGAUGCCAUUGAGGUCAUGAGAAGCCACUGGUGCUCCUAUCUGGGACGAGAAGACAUGGAUGCAAAACAGGAGAGGAAGCUGGGUGAGUUGCUCCCCAGGCUCCUUGACUCCUCCACCGAGGUCAUUGUUCUGAAAGAGCCCCCCAAGAUCCGGCCCAACUCCCCGUAUGACCUCUGCAGCCGGUUUGCAGCCGUGAUGGAGUCCAUCCACGAGGCAUCUGCUGUGAAGGUGAAGUAGUGGGUGGGCUUCCAGCACCCUUCAGCCCGCGGCUCCUGUCGGCCAACGCGUGGGCGGGUGAGGGAGGAGAAGGGGCGAUUCACAUCCAGCGUUGUUUUCUUUGUAAAUACGAACAAAUAAAAGCAGUAUUGCACUUUUUUGGA